AUGGCAGCAGUACUCGGGACCCAGGAACACGGCUUGUACGAUAGCGGAGACGAGUGGGAAGUCGGGGUCGGCGACCUCAUCAUCGAUUUGGACGCAGAUUUAGAGAAGGACCGGCGUAGAGCAGAGGAAGAGAAAAUUAUGGUCGCUCCUUCACUGCAGAAGGAGUCAAAGACUGGAGCUGCCGGAAAGGACCUGAAAAUGAAAGUCAAACGCAGCAAAGGGGUGAAUGGAGCGAAGACUUCCUAUAGUAUUUCAGAUCUGAACGUGGGGAAGAAAGAUGGCGACUCCCAGUACGAUUUUGACGGGGAGAGCAGCCCCGGUGCUGUACCUACGGCGGCGGGGAAGGCUGGCAAGGCCGCGUCUGGUCAGGACAAACCGGGCAAGGCGCGGGGAGGCAGCGCCGGGAAGGGAGGACGGAAUAACGAAAAGGCCAAUAAAGAUGGCGGGAAUCCAUCAAAAGAGGCUUUGAGCCAGCAUGACGAGUCGACUGGGACGAACAUCAAUAGUCAAAGUUCCCAUGGUAACGAGGAUGGGCAAAAAUGCACCAGUUCAGGCAAAAACGCCAAACGGGAGGAGAAAGCAGCGACCAAAGGUAAAAGUUCUCCUAAAAAGGACAAGGACAAAUCCAAGGACUCCAGCCACGGCGGCAAGACCUCCAAGGGAAGCAAGAAAGCCAGCAAGGCAGAAAAAGCCGAUAAGGGUCAGUCUGGGGCAGAGAAGACGAAGCAGUCCAAUAGUACACCCCUGAUGCCCCCACCCCCUCCGCCGCCUCCCCCCACCCCCUCGCCCAUCUCCGCUCAGUCUCCGGUCUUCAUCCCCUCCGUGCUGCCCCCGACCACACCCCCGUCCGUGCGCCAUGUCGGCACCAACACCACCGAGAUCGGCGUGGUGACGGAGCCCGAGUGUCUGGGACCAUGUGAGCCGGGAACCAGCGUCAACCUGGAGGGGAUCGUGUGGCACGAGACCGACGGAGGUGUUCUGGUGGUGAACGUUACCUGGCGGAACAAGACGUAUGUGGGAACCCUGCUGGACUGCAGCAAACAUGACUGGGCUCCACCCAGGUUUAGCGAGUCUCCCACGAGCGAUAUCGAAUCCAAGCCGCCGCCGCCCCCUCCGGCCAAGACCAGCCGUGGGAAACGUGCCCGUAACAACAACACGUCCGGCGAGGACAUGAGCAACUUCACCGAGACCCGCUCCUCCAUCCACAGCAAGCUGCGCAACAACAACGGGAACGGGAGCAACGGCACGGGGAAGACUGGGCGGAAGGGGAGCAACAAAACCCCCACCAAGGACGACGACGGGAAGCCUGACACGCCGCCGGGUACCAAACGUAAGGCCAAGUCGUCUACUGACGGGGAGUCGGUCUCAAGCACGGACGAAGUCAAGCCUGCCAAGCGGAUGAGGGCAAAUUCAAGAAGUACCCCUACACCACAGAGCGAGGGGCCCGCACCAGCCCUGAUAGAGUGUCCUCACGUGAACUGUAACAAAAAGUACAAACACAUCAAUGGCUUGAGAUAUCAUCAGGCACAUGCUCAUCUGGAGGACACAAAGACGGCACCAGAAAACCGCAAAGAAAACAGUACAACUGCUGCGGCUCCAUCCGCCCUGAGCUCUCUGAUUAAAGAAGAGAAGCUCCUACAGCAGUGUAUGGUCGCCAUUCCGGAUAAACUGAGAGAACUGGCCGACAGGGAGCGGCAGAACCUGGGGCCGACCGACCUGACCAAGAGAGAAGACGAGAUGCCCAACAAAGUCCUGGACAGCUUAGAGAAGCUCGACAGUCUAAAGAGGAAAGAGCAAGAUAACAUACAGCUGAAGGAAUCGGAGAGCUUGUUAAAGAUCAAGGCUGAAGCAGCCAGUGAAUACGAUUUUCCAGGAGUUAGUUUCCCUACUGAGAAGCCAACAGCUAAAACGGCUGCUUCUUCAGGAAAGGGUAAGUUUGACUUCUUUGCCAGAGGAAGAGGUCCUCGCAGCCAGGGCCGGAGUAACUCUGGUGGGCCGGAUGGUCGGGACAAGUCCAAGCUGGAUCAGCACCCCGGCGUACAGAACGGCUUUCAGCACGGCGCGGAGGCGUUAUCAUCGUUCAUCGGAGCACAUCCUGCUCGCCACGGAGCGAUUCUCAAUAGACAGGCGGAUCCAAGAGGGAUUCCAAGUGCGAACGUAAAUUCCAUGGACGGGAAAGACUCCUCCAGCGUUGGGUCACCCACUGCGCCCCCAAACGUCAACGUGUUCCAACUCCCCCAGCAGCAGCACCUCAUGGCGCAGCAAACCUCGGUCAUUCAGAGCACCACGGCGCACACGGACAGAGACGUUACCGGGUUUGUGGAAAAAUCCAAGACAGGAAACGACAAAGAGAAAUCAAAGAGAUCGCCCGGUAGUGCGGGGUCAUCCAAGAGUGAGAGAACCGCCGGCAAGACUAAAGCGGCUCGGCCUAUCGCUCCCGCUCCAGCAGUCCCCCACCUGAUAGCAAUCCCCUCAUUCUCCUCUUCAAACGUAGCCGCUUCAGGGAUACAAGCCAUCUCCACAACCCCCAAAACACCCUCCACGUCAGCUCUGAAACCUAUCCAGCCCAAACCAACAAUCAUGGGAGAACCGCCACCCCAAACCAUAUCUGUUCCCAACUUCAAGGAGAAGAAGCACAAGCAGAAAAAACGAAGUAAGGAUAAGAAUAAAGAUAAGGAAAAAGACAGACUGUCAAAAGAGUCGAAGAGCAAAGAAGACACGAAGGGAUCAAAAGCAAAUGAUACUCCCUGUAAUCUAUCCACAGAGCACUCUGAAGAAAAAUCGUCUGGUAAGAAUAACCAUAACAUAGCUCCCCAGAAAGUGGACAAAUUUGGUCUUCCCCUUUCGAACUCUCCCAACGGCCACACCACUUUAACUGACGUGAUAAGUUCCGUUUUGUUACGUGAUGCUCAAGGAAGCAGCAUCCCCUCCACCGUAAGGACGUUUGACAAUAACAAGUUCUCUUAUUCAUCUACAUCUACACCCAAUCAGACGCCGCUAGUACAACAACUUGAAUCAUCGCGAUCAGAGAGCGGUAGUCCUGCCUACUCGGACAUAUCUGAUGAAGGAAACGAUCCGAACAAAUCCGGUGGAAGGUCUAAAACCUCUCGGCGAGUAGAAGAUAGGGAGCCUGCUUCUACCAAUCAAAACUCCGUCAAGACUGACGAUGAUGCUGAAAUAUCUUCAGGUUUUCAGUCUCACUACGCUUCUAUUAGAGCAUCUCACACUGCGACCAGUGCCACUGCGUCCUUACACAAUCCACUAAAACGAGAGGCAGAAGGAUGUGCUGAUACCGACAUGCAUUCAAGAACACAAGAGCCGGAUCAUAAGAAAUCACGGCCGAGUUCGGCCUCCUCCCGAGAGUCGACAACAUCCCCAGAUAAGCAGGAGAAGCUCCGACAGUCUCCUCAGCAGCAGCAACGACAAUCACAGCAUCCGGGCUAUGCACAGUAUCCUCACUAUCAGUAUCUCGCAUACCACGGGUACCGCAUUGACCCGGCCUACCACAAUUACUUAACGGCCGCCGAUCCACAGUACAGGCAACAGUAUGAAAAACUCAUGGAAGAACAACAGUCAAGAUUCAGGGCUGACCAAGACCGGAAGGUCAAAGAUUCAGGAAAAGAGAACUCCGAGGGGUCGAAGAGCAGUUCUGACUUCCGUGGUGAAGAAAAGGGUGAUGGGAAGGAGUCUGACCAAAUGGACGCCUCCAACCCACCUCAACUAGAGCCUAUUAAAGACGCCAGAGCCAAGGAGGACUCGAAAGAUGGAGAAUCUUCCCCGGCCAGCAGUUCCGCUUCUUACCCCUCCCAGCCGCCCCCGCUGAAACGGGCUGACGACACGGACAGUCUGAAAGCCAAGCAGAGUGAGAAUCACCAGAUCAUGAGGGAGAGUAUUGCGCUAAAGGCACAGCUAGAGUCAGGCCCACGUAGGACGUCAUCCUCAUCAUCAUCCUCAUCAUCCUCAUCCUCACAAGCAGCGAUGGGCUUCGAUCCCAGAAUCCUGUACGCGCAGCAGCAGGAGGAGAUGCGGCAGUACUACCUGUACCAGCAGCGGGUCGCGGAACAGCACAAAAUGGAGGACGAGCGCCGGCGGCAGAUCAAAGCUGAACACUCCCAGAACAGACUCGAUCCGCAGCCCCGGCAGAACCACAGUCCGCGGACCGACCAGAAACAGCGGCACUCUGACGGCGGAGGCAGCCGGAAGGAGUCGGAGAAACCACCCGCUAAACUCAAGGAGCCCAGCUCGGGGCAAAGUAGUAGAUCGUCAACGCCAAGCAAGAAAAGUCCAGGUUUAUUGUCGAAGGAAGAUGUAAAGGAAACUGAGCAAUCUGCAAAGCAUCUAGAACGUCGUCUGAAGGAAGGUCGGGAUUCAAAUGACAGGAAAAGCCAGGAAGGUAGAAGAGACAGUGGGUCCUCUGCACGCCAGGUUCCCUACCCUUACAUGUCGCAGUAUUCCUACAUGCACCCGUAUGCUGCUAUGCACCUGGACCCGGCCUACAGAGGAAUGUACCCCAUAGGCUAUGCAGGUGCUCCGUAUGUCCAUCCACAGUUCCGGUACCAAGGAGACCCGGCAGGUUCACCACAACAAGUCCUCGGCUCGUCAUACAAAGGUCAGUCUGGUAACGCGCACGACCGGCCUCCCACCAUGUCACCCGCCCCGGGGAAAGGCACGGACUCGCCAGACAAGCAGUCCCCGCCCAAGAAGACGCACACCAUCUCACACUACCCCCAGCAGCCCUCUCCCAGGAAGGAGAAGAACGAAGAGCCUUCCGCCAAGCAGAAGUCGCCUCCGUCACCGGCUCCGAAGGAGACGUCCUCGGAGAAGCCCCCGGCAGAGUCCGGCGAGAAAGCCGACCGUAAGGGGACCACUCCACAGCAUCACGUGCACACCCACCACCACACACACAUAGGGGUGGGCUUCCCUGUUGUCGGACAGUAUGACCCUUAUAAUGCAGCAGUACUUUCUGGUCAGCAAUCACCAGGCGUGGUCCAUUCUCCCAUGGCAUCCUUUACACCACGUCGAGAGUAGAGCGUGCCGAGAGUUCAGCCUCGCGCUGGUACCUCCACAGCCGUGAGAAGACAUCGGAAUGCAGAUCACAUUGUAAGCACCGUUUGAUCACGUCGACUCCAGUCGCUGUAUGCAUGACCUGCCCGCACUCCGUGGAAGAUGUCCUUAUUUCUCGCCGCACUGCUCAGAAGUGUGGAGAGAAUUCGCAAAACGUCUCGCUGGUCGCGGAGGGAGUCAAGUAGCCAGUAGAAGACGAUCAAGAAUCAAGAAGCAGCGGUAGAAAAAGUGAACUCCGCACUGCAAACGUCUAUGUUAAGUCUAUGUGGAGUAACCUUGACUGUCUCGCCAAGGACACGGCCGUCUCCAGUACAUAUUCAGGCGAACAGUUACCGCCGAUGUUGUCUCCCUAAAUGUCACAGAUUAUACAGCUUUAUCCACCUCUGCUCUAGUGACACUUUUCUGUCUCUCUGCAGUAAAUAUUCAUUUAUUGUGUCGGCAUAAUUAGACAGUUGAGUGGAGUUGUAAAAUCCUACGGGAAUAAGGUCCAUGGAGUGCCAUCAGUGACGUUUUAUGACGACUCAGUUUUAUUAUCAUGCAGCGUUUUGGUUUCAAUCUAAAAAGCCUACAACGAUGUAAAUGAGAAGGUUGCUGUUUGAUUAACUAGAGAAUUACGAUGGCUGCCUACUCGUAGUGAUGUAUCUGAAUACCCAGAACUGUGUACGAAACAAGCCGGAAAAAAGUAGCACAAGAGAAAACAGCAUAGACUACCCAUCAGAACUGCCCUGUACAUAAUCAAGCUCUAAUGUGCAUGUUUGUAUUGUGGUGUCUGAAUGGGUAUUGACUGACUGCUGUGCAGUUAGAGUUCGUCAUGUUUAUGUAUGUAUGUAUGUAUGUAUGUAUGUAUGUAUGUAUGUAUGUAUGUAUGUAUGUAUGUAAAUAUUCGCAAAUGUUAUCGACUACCGCUCAGAACGCAGUGACUGUAGAAGUGAUGGCUAAAUGUUGCGCUACUAUAAGGCAAACCUGCCCAAACCCCUGCACGAGACCUCCCGUUAAAUAUGUCCGUGACGUUCGUUGGCAGCAAAAUUAGAAAAUAUUGUCUUCUUACAGGAGCAAUGUAUCAUAGGAUUUGAAGUGGUUGCGUUGGAGUGUUGCAUGGAGGUUCGAUAUAAUAAAUUAGUUUUAU